CCCGCGGUCACUGUCCCCCAUCCCCAGCCACUGUCACCCUGGUCACUAAUCAGUCAUCCGUCAGUGUUACCCCCCACACCCCCGAAACCCCCACCACCACCGGACCCUGGUCAGUCACUGAUCACAGUCCCUCUGGCCCAGUCUCUGGUCACUGUCGACCCUAGCCCCUAUUCAGACAUUGGUCAGUGUCCUCCACCCAACCAGUCCCUGGUCUGUCACUGGUUACAAUCCCCCAAGCCUCCAACCCAGCUGACCCGCUCUUUGGUCACUGUUCCUACCUGUCCACCCCAAUUAGUAUCCGCCUGGCUCCUAGUCCAGUCUCUGGUAAAUGUGAUUCACAACAGCCCCUUGUCCGUUCUGGCCUCUGUAUCCCAGCCCAUGGUCAGUCUUUGGUCACUAUCUAUCUGAGCUGUGGUCCAGUCUCUGGUUGUUGUCCUUUCCAGCCACUAGUGAAGUUCAGAUUGUGAUUUUUCUGCUCUUUGUCUAACACUGACCAGCCCCUGGUCCAGUCUAUUCAUCAACGCCAGCAUCAGACUGUCAACCACUGGAACAUGGCCAGUGAUCAGGGAGCGGCUAAAGGGCAAACUGGCAUUGGAUUCUGGAAUUGUGCCAGAGCUUCAUACAGCAAAGAGACCCAGGACCUGUUAAAAGUGAUGAUGCAGGAAUCCAAAUUGAAUCAAUUCCAAAUGAGACAACUUAACAGAAAGCUUCAGGAGGGCGAUACAUUUCCUGUGAGCUGCCAUCCCAGCUCCAGCAAGGUAUCAGCAGCCCCUCCGCUGCCAACAGCCCCUUCUGUUCGACUGCAUCCCUCCUCCAAGCCACACCUGAGACCUGCAGAGAGCUGUCGUGCUGGAGAUGCAUACGUACGAGAAAGGUUUCGGCCACGACCAACAAGAAACCUGGAAAAAGAAAAGCAACGUUUGCAGAAUCUCAUGGCGACUGGGAAAGAUGGUCCUGAGCCCAAUCUCAAACCAAAACCCAAGAAGGACGAAGAAGAGGCUCCAGAAAUUGAUCGGUUUGAAGAAUUGUGUAAUGAGAUUGAAGAAAGACGAGAGUUUCUAGAGCAGAUGGAAUCUUUUGGCCGAGGAAAGGAAUUCCGGGCAAUCAUUCAAAGUGAAAUCUCCCUGAAACUCCAAGAGAUGGAGGAGAUUGACAGGAGGAGGAACCAUGAGUUAGAGAUGGCUGCGAGGGAGCGAGAGAGGGGCAACACAUGUUCACAGUUGCAAAUCGAAAAUGAAAAUAAAGCCUGAAGUGUUAUAAAUUAUUUAAUAAUAAUAUAAAUGAACAAAUGCAUUUCAAAUAAAACAGACACAUACAUUGUGAUUUGCGGGUUCCCCCCAGUGAGUCCCUUUGUGUUUAAUCCUAGCCAGGGUCAUAGAUCAUAGAAUCCCUACAGUGUGGGAACAGGCCCUUUGGCCCAACAAGUCCACACUGAUCCUUGGAGCAUCCAACCCAGACACAUUCCCUUAUAACCCACCUAAAUCUACACAUCCCUGAACACUACAGGCAACUUAGCAUGGCCAAUCCACCUAACCUGCACAUCUUUGGACUGUGGGAGGAAACCGGAGCACCCGGAGGAAACCCACGCAGACACAGGGAGAAUGUGCAAACUCCAUAGUCGCCCGAGGGUGGAAUUGACCCCGGGUCCCUGGCACUGUGAGGCUGCAGUGCUAACCACUGAGCCACUGUGCCACCCUUUGAUUUUGUGAGAGAGUAGUCGGUGACUCUGAUCUUGGUCUUUUCAGAUCAUUUUUAUUUGCCUCAUUCUGCUUUACCCUCACAGCAGCAACAUCUCUUUCUCAACUGCCUCUCUUCAGCCAUUUCUGCAUAUUCCUAAAACUAAUUCCAUUCUAACUGUUUCCAAUUCUAACAAAAACUCGAUCACAUGUCCAUGUCACCGGGAUCACUGUCCAUGUGCAGGGUCACUGGGAUCACAUUGUGCAGGGUCACCAGGGUCUCUGCAGGGUCACCAGGAUCACAGAGUGCACGGUCACCGGGAUCACGUUGUGCAGGGUCACCGGGAUCACGUUGUGCAGGGUCACCGGGAUCACGUUGUGCAGGGUCACUGGGAUCACGUUGUGCAGGGUCACCAGGAUCACAUUGUGCAGGGUCACUGGGUUCACUGUGUGCAGGAUCACCGGGAUCACACUGUGCAGAGUCACUGGGAUCGCACUGUGCAGGAUCACUGGGAUCACAGUGUGCAGGGUCACUGAGAUCUCUGCAGGGUCACCGGGAUCAAUUGUGCAGGGUCACUGGCGUCACUGUAUAGGAUUCCUGGGGUAACAGUGUGUACUAUUACUGAGAUCACUGUGAAUUGCUUGAAGUGAAUUGCUCAUUCAGAGAGUCAGUGUGAACAUGAUGGUCUCCUGCCUUUUAAUACUUUUUGAAUUUUUGAAUAAAAAUUAUUCUAGUGAGGGAGGAACUCCAGAGGAGGAAACCGCCAUUCUGGUUGCCCAGUUACAGGAAGGACCAGGAGCAUGCAAGUGGGACUAGUUUAGUUUGGGAUUUAAUUCAUCAUAAUCUGGUUGGGCUGGUUGGACUGAAGGUGCAGUAUGUGCUGUAUGACUCUAUGACUAUGACUCUGAUUAAAGCUUGUAUAAAAUGAAA